AUGUCCCGUAGGGAAUGGCAGGAUAUUUUUGAAGAGGUGACAGGGGAGCUUGUGGAAGACUAUGGGGAUGACUGGAUUAUUGAGUUUGAUGAUACAAUUGAAGCUUACAAGCCAGCCAGAGACUGGUAUCAGUACAUACGUGGAGCUUUCGCAAGAUUCAGAUGCUCCAAGUGUGGCAAGACCUGGCCUUCCAGAAGAGUCCUGGUUGUUUUUCACUUCCGCCUAAGCAGAAAGAGUAGGAGAGGAACCGUCAAGUUUCGCCCUUUCCGUCAGGAAUGCCGAACAUGCCGGGAUGCCGAGAUGGAGAAGCCGAAGUUUGCUCCGGACAACAUUGAGGCUCUGCUGCAGAAGGUGGAGGAGAGGAUCCGCGUCAGGUGUUACAGGGAAAACUGGGACGAUGGCCACGUGCCAUUACGACCUGUUGGGAGGUCCGAGGGCCCUCACGAAGCCGCCCAUUGUGAAGCCUGUAGAAGAGGUGUCUGCAGACAAUCAGAGUGAAAACAUUGCACCAUCUGGGCUUUCAUGUACUAAUUCAAACAGUUACUUUCAUAAUUUAUUCUGGCAUUUCAGACAGACCCAUUGACUCUCAAACAGUAUUAAAAGCAGGAAAAGAUUUAUUUUUUAAUAUUUAUAUUUUAAUUGUAUAGGCCUAUGUGACAAAAGAGCAAUACCACCUUUUAUAGUGUGUCAAACCUAGGAGGAAUGAAAUUUAAAAUCUGUCAUUUAAAAUGUGCAAAUAAACGGUAUUUCCACCAGGAGUGUCUUUGAUACAUGUAUGAGUUGAUGCAUCAGAGCAGGGGCCCAUUGCACAGGAAGAGGCAGGAUGCCAAGUACCAGGGCCCAUCUCAUUAUCUGAUCUCCCGUCCUUACCUUGUGCUUGUGGCCUCUUGCUUCACUGACGCCUAACUCUGUGGCGAAAGCGAAAAAGUUUCCCCACUGUCAAUCUAGGCACAAUCACAUUUGGGGGACUUUUCACCAUUUAACAUUCCGAUUUCAAAGGAGAAAUUGACCUUUGAAUUGUGCUUUUGCAAGUCAUUGAAUAAAACAUC